GUACCAUUUCAAAAAAUGUUCUGGUAACCCUUAAAUUUUUCCCAUCUAUGAAUGGCUGAAGUUAGUAUUUUUUACAGUUUCUACUUUUUAUCGAAUGUAAACGUUGAUUAAUCAUAAGAAUAAAGUAAUAUGGCAGGAAUUAAAGGCUUGGUGUCCCUGGCUUUUGCCGGUUCAAUUGGAAUGACAUUUGUUAUAUUAGCAUGUGCCUUACCCCAGUAUAAACUAUGGUGGCCAUUCUUUGUGGUUCUGUUUUACAUCCUGUGUCCGAUCCCAACGAUGGUCGCCCGACGCGUCACCGAUGGCGCGGGCGGCACAAACACUGCAUGUAUGGAGACUGCUAUAUUUAUUACUAUGGGAUUUCUAGUCAGUUCUUUUGCGUUGCCGAUUGUGCUUGCUCGAGCUGCUGUGAUACAGUGGGGAGCAUGCCACCUUACACUAGCCGGUAAUGUUAUAGUAUACCUCACAAUACUCGGUUUCUUUACAAUCUUCGAUAUGGACGACUCGGACUAUGCGAUGUGGUGAGAACGUAGAAUGUUUGGUUACUGCAAUGGGACGAUGAAUGAGGCAAUUAUAAUGUUAGAUUGCAAGACAUGCCGCCGUUUCAUCUGUUUAUUGUUAAGUCUGAUAUUUGUUACUGAUUAGUGUAACCUGGUAAACUGUGUGAGUAAAUAUGAAGUAUAUUUGCUUUCAAGUGAUCGCAAUUUGAUGUUAUUGCUUUGAUAUGUAGCAAAAAUUAAAAAUUAACUGGUAUAAUUACGAGCAUAAACAAUGUGGUGAUGGCGUUUUGUUAUGGAAUUAAUUUUUAUAGGGUAUAGGUAUUUUACCGAUUAUCCUAAAUUGUAUGAUUUGUAUUAAAUUUUUGUAAAUUGAACAACAUAAUGCAAUAUGGUAUAGAUGAUUUUUUUGGUUUGUGGUUUAUUUAUAGAAUUGCUCUCCAUUCUUCUCAUUGUUAUUUACAUUGCUGUCAACAAUAAAAUUUGCGAUAAAAUGUAUAUCUAAGAUUACUCCCGAAACUAUUCACUGUGACAUAAAAUAUGCAAGUUGGCAUUUCGUAACAAAUAUCUUUAUUCCCAAAAAGUUCUCACAGUCAAAUUAUUUUGUAAAACAUAUUUAUGAUAUUACAUUGCAAGCAACAUCUGUUCCUGUGAAUUCUUUAUUCUAAUGGUCCCUUGCUAAUGUAUAUGUUGCAAACCUUAAUAUAAUACUGUCAAGUACUCUAUUGAAUUUGUAAUUUAUUAAAUAUGUCAUAUUUUUGUUGAUUCAUAGAAUACCCGGCGACAAAGUACUGAUAAAGAUUGAUACAAAAAAAGUUUUUAUUACAUACAAUUAGAUCUGAUGACUAACCAACGUAAGUGUAUAUUUGAGUGAAUACACAAUAUAUAUAUCAUAAAACUAUGCUAUAGAAUAUCUUUUUAAAUAAAGAUGAAUGUGUAUUUUAUUCAAAACUUAAUUUUUUUUUAUAUGUUCAAAUUAAUACAUAUUUUUUUGGAUAUUUGUUAUAACAUUAUUUUAUAACAAUAUUUUGUAUUUAUAACCAUAGCAAUAGUUGCUCAUAAUUUGUGUUUGCACAUUUCUUUUAUCUUGAUAUAAUAAAUUUUACUCACAGAUUUAUUAACAGGUAAUACAUAAGGUAUUAUAUUGUAACAUUUGCUGUUACAAUAUUAAAAUAAGUAAAUUGUAAGAAAAUUAGAAAAACAUAUUUUUUUAUUACUAAAGUGGGAUAGUCUUUUGGUGCACGAAAUAUAUUUGGAUCAACAAUUCAGUUUUUGUAAAGUUUAAAAAUUCUUUAAUUAAAAGUUGUUUUAUAAAAUUACUUAUAUUGUUAAUAGUAGGGAUAGACGAGUUUUUUUUUUGCAUAGCCGAAAUAAAUUGUAAAAAUGUAGCUUAUUUCAGAUAGAACUUUGUUUUCGUUUAUAUAUAAUUUAUUUUAAUUUUGUUUUUCCUGUAAUAGUUUUACCCACGGAGAAGAUCCCUGGUAUAUGUUUAGUAUAAUAAGUGUUAUAAUACAAUCGUAAAUUGUGAACGAAAUUCUAAAGUAUUACAAAUUGCGAUAUGUUGACGCUUUUGAAGAAACUUUGCGUUACAUUCCUGUAAUGUAAAAUGUGUACAUAUAGCAUUAGUGUCAGGUCACAAUAAACGCUACCUGAUUUAUA